GCUUCGGGGACGAGGCGUUUUUGCGGAAAUACUUGGAAGAAGUAGUAGGGGACAGCAAUACGACCAAAAGCGAUGGCGUUUUGUCGCGAAUCCAGCAAACCCAAGUGGAGACCGUCGAUUUGCAGGAGCUGGUUUCAACAAUUUCCUCCCACGAGAAGAGGAAAACCCAAGUUCUAGAUUUGCUGAAAACUAAGUACCUUCCGAAUUACGACAACUGGGUCCUGUAUCAAAUGCAAAAAUGUCUGGGUCUGGAAGAAUCUAACUUGUGGUCAUGCUUAAGCUGAAGCAUUCAAAAAUCUGUGUUGCAUGAUUACCAAAAGCUGGCCACUUUUGACCCAAUCGAGAGGCAGUUUCUCAUGCAGGAUAGGCAUGAUAGAACUCUGACAGAAUCUGUCAUGCUAUGUCCUACAUACCAGACCUCAUGGGUCAUGGAAAACCUGCAUGACAAGUCUGCAUUCUUCCAGACCCAGACAUUUUUACAUUUGAUAUCCUGAAACCGCAGCGAGAGGGCGGGGGCAACAACCUGUUUGGAGAAGCAGUAAAGGCGGAGCUUACGAGAUUGGUGGAAAUACUAGAAGAAGAUAAAGGAGUAGAGCAGGCGGGGCCACUUCUACGAGAAUCCGGCAGGACCGCAGAUGAAGUACUGCCGCUGGACAAAAAAAUGCCGCGGGAGGAGUCCCGAGACGAAGAUGAAACUCAGGGGGAGUACUACGUGCUCAUGGAGCGGAUUAAUGCCGUGGUGGAGGAGUCUGUGUGUUUUGCGCAGCAGGUCGUGGACCAACAUAACUCCUCUCAAACCGUUGUCGAGGUCAGCACGGAGCGGGCGAUCUCCGAGCUCGGUCUCUUCACGGUAUUCGUCGCAGAUGCGGAAAACCAGGUCGUGCAAAAUUGCUGUGGCGGGGCGUUCCAGCGGGUGAAGCGCGCUUCCAGCGACGAGGGUGGCAUUUGCGCGGGACACGGAUUUCUGGACGUGGUUCCGGUUGAUGAUGACUGCCUUCUCUCUGUGGAAAAAUCCGGGUGA